AUGAGACCUCUCAUCUCUCUCUCUCUCUCUCUCUCUCUCUCUCUCUCUCUCUCUCUUUCAUUGAAUACGACGGACAAAGAAUAUUUUAAACGCUUCCUGAUUCUUUCUUUUGUUUCGUCUUUUUAUCUUUCGAUUUCUUCAUUUCUUUUUCUAUUUGACUCUUAUUCUCUUUUGCUCUUUUUUUUCUUUUUGUGCAUUCCAGUGUUUUCUUUCUUUCUUUCCUUCUUUCUUUCUUUCUUUCUUUCUUUAUUUUCAUUUAAUUUUCCUCUUUUUCCUUUCUUUUCUUUUCUUUUCUUUUCUUUUAAUUCAUUCAUUUUUAUUUUUCAUUCUUCCUUUAGUUUAUUUUCUUUUUCACUUCAUUUUUUAUUCCACUUUUUCUUUCUUUCUUUCUUCAGUUUUUCCAGUUUAAUUUCAUUCUUUUCUUUCAGUUUUCUUUUUUUCUUUUUUUGUUAUAUAUUUUCAUUUGAUUUUCUUUCUUUUCUUUCAACUUUCUGUCUCACCAGCAAUCAUUUCUUUCUUCCUUUAUUUUUCAUUCUUUUUUUGUUCUUCAUUUCUUUUGUUUUCGUUAAUUUCCUUUCAAUUUAUUUUCAUUCUUUUCUUUCCGUUAUAUUUCUUUUUUCUUACUGUCAUCAUUCCUUUCUUUCUUUUUACUUCUUUAUUUUGUUCUUCUUUCAGCACAACCUUUUUACCCACCUAACAACUCUUCGUACAUUUGUAUGCAUAUAA